AUGUCGUCGCGCAGAGCGCUUGGUUACUUGGCGCGAAGCCUUGUGGAAGUGCUGGAAGAUGAUGAACAGCGCGAAGCCCAGCAUCAGAUGAACCAGCAGCUCAUGAUGCAGAUGCUCGCAGCUGCGCAAGGCCAUGCUGGCUGUGGGGCAGGAGGCUGCCGCCCUCCUAUGCGGCCGAUGCUCCCAGGGCCAGGGAUGCCUGGGCCAGGCAUGCUCAUGCCGCCACCAUCAGCCGGUGGCUUGACCAUGACCAUGCAGCAGGUCCAUGUUGCGCCUGCAGAGGGCCUGCGGCCGGUGGCAAUGGCAAUGCCUCACCAUGGUCAUGCCCCGCCACCUAUGCCUUGCCCUUCUGGACAUCCACCUCAUGGCCAUGCUCCAGCUCCGAUGCCAUCCCAAUGUCACCCACCUCAUCAUCACGUUCCGCCACCCAUGGUUUCCCCGCCUAGCCAUGUGGCUGCCCACGGCGUUUCAACCCCAGGGGAUACUGCCUCCACUGAGAGUGUGACUGUGGCUUCGAGCCCUCAUGGACACCUGCGGCCACGCACGCCGCCACGUAGGCCGCCUGCUGCUCCCGCUGCUGCUCCCGCUGCUGCUGGCGACGACGAGAUGGAAGAAGUCCUAGUGGAGCCUGAGCCAACAUUGCCAGGAGCAAAAAGACUUCCCCUUAGGUCAGAUCCUGGUGCUGCUGCAGCUUUUGAUGCUGAGUCUGAACGACGUCGAGCUGCCGAAGGAAAGCCGGCUAGCAGCCGACCUACGGGCCCGGCGACAGCUGAGACGUCUGAUUCAUCGAACGAUGACCAUGAGGAUGAGGAUGAUGAUGAUGAUGCAGGUCCACCACCCCCUCCAGCACCUGGGCGAGUUACAAGUGUGAAUAGGUAUUCCACUGCCCCUGCUGCGUGGUCGAAGGCUGCUGCCCCCGCGUCCAGACCCAAGGCACCGCCUCCAGGAUCAGCCGCCAUCGCUCCCGCCGACGCCGUCGUGGGACAAGGGGUGCCAAGCGAGCCCGCAAUGAGUACUGGCGAGAGCGCCACCCUGAAGACUUCCCUCCAAAGCCAGAUGAUCCUGGCGAUGACAGAAGUAAGGGGCCUGGACCUGGGCCGCCGCCUUCUGGUGGCACGGGUGGAAGGGGGGCUGGCGGCUGAAAUGCUACAAGGUGCGCAAGCCCGAGUGAAGGCCCGGGCUAUGAUGCAGUUCAUUGCUCCUUUGAUUGUGCAGGCUGCUUUCAUCGCGCCUCCAGGAGCUAUGGCGAAAAUUGAAGAAGAUGAACGCAUCAAAGCAAAGGAAGAAGACCAGGAGAUGAUGGCAAAGUCAGAGAGUCCUGUGUUUGACACACCAGAGGAAGCGCAGGAGAUGCUUGCCGAGCCUGUCAAGGUACCCGACAACUUGUCGGAUGUCACGGACCGAGCUGUUUUGAAGCAACACUUGCUGGAAGCGUUUGACACCGCCUGUGAUGAAUGUGGAGGGCCCGCGCAGUGGCUGCUGCACCGCUUCCCCAAAGAAGAAGAUCGGAAAUUAUUCCGAGCUGGAUUGGAACAAGAGUUUCCCAUGAUGGCUUCCAUUGACUAUGUGCAGCCUGCGGUCUUAGGCAAAAGUAAGCAGAGAUGCCAUGUGCAUGUCGCCAUGCUCUCCUUCCAGCCGGAAAGAUCCACCAAAGGCUUUCCAUACCGCUGUACGUGCAAAGAUCUUCUGGAUGAAUACCUUGUGCAUGGCUUCCUGACUGAGGCUGAGCCUUUGCUUCUCUGGAGCAGCCCAGACGACAGAGAGUUGUCGCAAGCAGAUUUUGAGAUCCGCUAUGUCAAGGGCAUGGCGCGCUGCUCAACCCUGCUGUGGCUUUUGGCUCGUAUGGCAGACUUGAAGAUUGAUGUCAUGGCCCACUUUCCGCACCUCUACCAGACAGUACAGGUGAUUCACGGCUUAUUUGAAUCCCACCCAGACUUGAUGUCGGUCGCCAUAGCGAAUGCACAUGCCUCCAACAGGGGUGCCAUCAGGGCGCCGCACGACGUCCUCACCUGGGUGACAAAAUUGAUGCUGCUGGACCAGGCAGGUGCAGGAAAAACGCCGACUCAGAUUCUUGAAGCUUUCAACAGCAAUGCGUCGGCCAAAGGAAAGGUCACCGGCCAAAGACGAGUCUCUGCACUGAAUCUACUACAAGGCUCAUGCAAAAACGGUGUGGACAGCAUGGUGAAGCUCUUGAGCCAGUUAGGUAACAAGGCUGUGUGGUGGCACGAGGACUCGUUUUGCAACAAAAAACUUCUCCCCGGCUGGGCACCGCGCACCAAUUUGCGCCAGUGGAACCAGAUUCUUGCAGUGACAGAGAUAAGCUUCUCUGUUUUUGUGGAGUCAUUGAACAUGCAGCAGCUUUCGAAGAGCUCCAGAUGCAGAAGGCCACUGGACAAAUGCCGCCUCGAGGAGCACGCCCAGAUGUGCUCAUUUUGGUGCUGGGCCACCCAAGGCGCCAUGGAAAAUGCAGUUGACAAAGAGAAGCUGGCCUCGCUGUCAGACAAAUUCAGGAACGGCGAUGUAGCUAUGACGCUGGAUGUCCAGAAAUGCUUGCGCGAAUUGCAGAAAGAAGCUACCACCUGCACUGACCUGGCGGUGGUGGGCCAUGCCCGGACCGAGAUUGAAGCUGCCAAGUUUGAGAAGGCGGAAUUUGAGCUGGUGUCUCAGAAGUUGAAAAGUGACAUCCAAGCUGUGCUCAUUUUCAGAUCCAAGCAGGAAUCACAUGAGAGCUUGAUCUACCAUGCCAAGAUGGAUCACCAGAGAAAGCGUCGGCUGCAUGGCAAGGAAUCCACUGCGACGCUGUUUGCAGGGCCGUGUGCUAUGUUCAGCUUCGUGACUUCUGUAGAGACGAUGCUUGCCAACUUGUGCAUGCUGAAACGCGAAUACCGUUUGCAGCAGCCACUCCUGGUAUUGGUAGUAGUGAACUGGGCAUCACCAUCCAUCGUGUGGGAGGAGCAGAUGGCGCUGCAGAUCCAAGCCCUGCAUUCCUGUCUGAGCCAUGAUGAUUUUGAUGCCAUGGGUCUGAUUCUGAUGCCGGUCUGGGAACGCUCCAAGGGCUCCAUGCACAAGAGCGAGAGCUUGCUCCUCAAGAAUUUGAGUGAAAGAGAUGUCAACACCGAUGACAAAGCAUCCUUGAGUUUUGAGGACAGAGCGGAUCCUCGCGAUCGUCGGCCUCUGGAGUAUCCUCUGCGGUUGGCUUUCCCCAUGAAAGCAAAAAAUGAGCCACAGUCUGCUUGGCAAAAGUCCGCGCUCUUUCUGAACAACAGAACAAAUGCCAGAGCAACAAUGUUGCAAGUCCGGGAUAUGAGAAUGCCAGAGUAUGAAGAUGAUCUCCCAACUUCAGAUGUGGAACAGCGUUUGAAUCCUGCUGAGAAAUAUGCUCAGAUUGGAGAUGUGGCUGCGGAAAUUCUUCUGAGCUCCACUUUUGCAACGCUUCCGUCCGGGUUGGGGCCGUGCGUUGCCAUUGUAGAUCUCAGCCCCAAGACUGGCGACCUUGCCCGCGCUGUGUUGAAGAUGCCGACAGCAUCUGUCAAGAUGCACUACAUCGCUCUGGGACCAGAUUCGCAACUUGAAUGGGCAAAGACGGAUCUCCAUGACAUUGCCAUGGAACGCUUCCUUGGGAGAACUUUGAAGAUCAAUGGUAUGGAGCCCUUGCCUGGGACCAUGGCUGCUGAUGAACAACUGCAAGUGUCUCUGCCCAAGUUGAACCUUGGAACGGUGGAUGGCGUGAACUUGAAACUGCCACAGACCCUACAUGGCAAGUGGUCUUCGAGCUCUUUCAAAGAGUGGGCAGCACUGAUUGAGGAGGUAGAGCAAGUCCUCCCGCAGAAAAGUCUCGGAGAGCCAGGCUCGAAAAGAAUGCGCCGAUCUGAGCCGGAAGGGCUGACUGACCCUUCUGCGGCGUUUUCAACGCUAGUGCCCAUUGACAAGCUGGAUGUGACCAAGAUGCUGUUGCAAGCGCCAGGAUGCAACAAGCUGAAGGGUUUGACAUUCCAGGUUUAUCCUGAAAACAUUGUCUACCUCAUCAACACGACUGCUGCAGACAUUGCUGUGACUGGCCACAUCACAGGAUGGCAAAAAGGCAAAUGGUGGCAGCCGAAGGAAGUGACAGAUGAGUUUGAUUCGGCAGUGGAUCUGGUGUGGCGCUUUUCUGACAGCUCGGAAGUGGUGCUCAUGGAAGGCAACCUCAAGACGAUCUUCCAGGUGAUUGAUGACAUGAAGCAGCAGAAGCCAGAGAAAGUGCUAUACGUGGUCCAAGACUAUGAGCUAAGCUGCAGCACACCCGGGGCCUGGUUUGCUGAGUUAGAUGUGUACUGCAUUGCGUCAGAUGAGCGUGUCACGGUACGCUUCCAGCUCGCCACGGAACACUUUGCCAAGGACAACUCCCCAGCUGCUCAAUAG